UUUUUUGCGUGGCUCUCCGCUAGUAUCAAAGCAAUCAAGCCAGGCUGUGCUCGUCUUCUGCAGCAAUGGCGACUGCGGUGAAGCUCAACACCGGCGCUCAAAUGCCCAUCCUGGGUCUGGGCACAUGGAAGUCUCCCCCCGGGAAGGUGGCAGAGGCCGUGAAAGCGGCCAUCGCAGCUGGUUACAGGCACAUCGACGGGGCGUACGUCUACCAGAACGAGGCGGAGGUGGGCGAAGGGGUCAACGCCAAGAUCGCCGACGGCACGGUCAAGAGAGAAGAUGUUUUCGUAGUCAGUAAGCUGUGGUGCACUUUCCAUGAGAGGUCCCUGGUGAGGAAAGCCUGUGAGAAGACGCUCAGCGAUCUGAAACUGGACUACCUAGACCUGUAUCUCGUGCAUUGGCCCAUGGGGUUUAAGUCUGGUGGUGAACUCUUUCCUUUGGAUAGUAACGGAGAGACGAUCAGCGACGGUACUCACUUCCUGGAGACGUGGGAGGCGAUGGAAGAGCUGGUUGAUGCUGGUUUGGUCAAAGCUAUCGGCGUCUCGAACUUCAACAAGGACCAGAUCGAGGCCAUCCUCAACAAGCCCGGUCUGAAGUACAAGCCUGCCAACAACCAGAUUGAGUGCCACCCGUACCUGACCCAGGAGAAGCUCAUCAACUACUGCCACUCUCAGGGCAUCACGGUGACCGCCUACAGUCCUCUCGGGUCCCCUGACAGACCCUGGGCUAAGCCAGAAGACCCCUCCCUGUUGGAUGAUCCCAGCAUUAAAGCCAUCGCUGACAAGCACAAAAAGACUGCUGCUCAGGUUCUGAUCCGCUUCCACAUCCAAAGAAACGUAAUCGCGAUCCCAAAGUCCAUCACUCCACAACGCAUUCAGGAGAAUUUCCAGGUGUUUGACUUUCAACUGACCGACGAGGAAAUGAAGACCAUUCUGGGAUUCAAUCGGAACUGGAGAGCCUGUCCCAUGCAUUGGGGGCUCAAGCACAAGGACUACCCAUUCAACACCGAGUUCUGAAAGGUAGCCAGCCGGUUUCAUACAGGUGCACAAGUCAGCUCCCAAACCCUCUGGAAUCGCUGUUUGGUUUUUAGUGGGUGAAAGAAAUAUUGAGCCCAAUGAGAUGACCUGCCUUUUCUACUUCUUUGUUUCUCUCUUCUGUUUUGUUGCAAAUGUUACAGCUUGUAUUCAACGUAGCAUUGAGUUACUGAAUCCCUUAAUCGUUGUUAUCCAUGGUGAAUGUUGACCUUUUUUAAACAAAAUCUAAAAAAUCUAAGUUUGACAUUAAUUUCUAAUUUGGGUGAUGAGCUUCCUGUGGGAGAAAAACUUAUUUUUCCUGUAAUAACACUUUUAUUACAUGAUCUGUUACAUUAAAUACACUCCUUCUGUGUGCGACUUAAGCAGAGGUACCCGUGCAAACGGGUUUACAUUUUAUUUGCGAAUUUCCAAGCACUUACCACUAAAAAAAACACGUGUUGCAAUCCGAACACUCGUCUGCGGAUGAAUCAUAUGUGGCGCUUUGCAGUCAUGUGUAUCAACCCUGUUACGCAACAAGCUCCAGCUUUCACUUCUCAUGUUAUCUGUGUGUGUUAAGCAGUACAAUAAAGUCAUGUGGGCUUAUUAUGUCACAAGUUGAUGCCGUUUUCUAUCAUUAGCAGAGAGAGAAAUAAACCUAGAGGUUAA